AUGUCAGGAUUUCAGACCACCAUAACCAUCCCAAACUUCAAAGGGGACGUCAUAACCUCCGUCCACCCCGAAUACCCGAAGGCCAUCUCUCGUUGGGCUGCAAACGCGGCGCGCAAGGCCAAGGUCGUCACAUUCGUCCAAGACGCUCAAGAUGUCAUUCAGGCCUUGCAGUACGCCAAAGUGAACGGCUUCCCGAUCGCCGUGCGUGGUGGAGGGCACAACCCCUAUGGCGCGUCGUCUGUCGAAGGCGGGUUGGUAAUCGACCUCUCGCGUCAUAUGAACAAAGUCCGAGUGGAUCCAGCGAAGAAACUUGCGUAUGUCGGUGGAGGUGCAGUAUGGGAAACCGUGGACAAGGAGUCGAUCAAACAUGGACUGGCCACCGUCGCGGGUACCGUCAAUCAUACUGGAGUUGGAGGACUUGCACUCGGAGGUGGCUACGGCUGGCUGAGCUCCACACACGGGCUCGUCAUUGACAAUAUCGUCCAGGCAACCCUCGUCACCGCCUCGGGCUCGGUCCUCACCGUAAACAACGCCGAGAACGCCGACCUCUACUUCGCCAUCCGCGGCGGCGGUGGCAACUUCGGCGUUGUUACCGAGUUCGUGCUACAGCUCCAUCCGCAACGCACUACUGUGUAUGCUGGGCCCAUCGUCUAUUCCGCUUCCCAGCUCGUCAUGGAGGACUUAGCCAGGGCCACGGAGGAGUGGCGGCAGAAGACGGCGGAGAAGGAGUGCAUGAUGCAACUGGCUACUGUGGCGCCAGAUGGGAAGCCUAUCAUUGUCGUGUUCCCGUUCUACAACGGCACCGAGGCGGCGGGCCGGGACAGCUUCAAAAAGCUACUUGACGUCGGCCCCAUUUCUGACACAUCGAAGGAAACACCUUAUGAAGAGAUCAACACCUUCCUCAACCCGAUGGUUACCCCAGGAAAGGGUGGGUACAUGAAGGGAGUCGCCAUCAGACACCUCCACACGCCCUCCAUGCUGAAGGCCCACGAGCGCCUCGUUGAAGUUAUGAACAAUUCACCAUUCAAAAUAGGAGGCAUCCUGUACGAGUUCUUCGGAAAGAAGGCCAAGAAGGCCACUCCAGAGGAGACCGCGUUCCGAAGGGAGCGGGCCGUGGACAACAUGCUCAUCCUUUUAACUUGGGAUCACGAUGAUUCCACCGCGAAUAUGGAGGAGGACGCUCGCAGGGUAGCUGCUGAGUUGGGGGCGAUGGUCAUGCAGAACCAACUGGGCUUGACUCCUGUGGAGGCUUUGGGAUACGGCAACUACGACCCUGAUGCCGUAGACAUUGACCCCAAGGGUGCCGAUAAAGCUCGAAUGAUGUUUGGCUCGAAUUACCCUCGACUUCAAGAGCUAAAGCGGCGCUACGAUCCUGAUGGGGUCUUCAACCAAUGGUUCCCAAUCACUCCCGCUUCCGGCGUAUAA